GCAUAAAAAAAUAUAUAUUUUCCAAAGGGUAAUCAGUUUUAUAAUUUUAAUAUGGUGGCAAGGAACCAAAAUUUGGUCGCCAUAACAUGGGGAGCAUCAGUAAAAUUUAGUAUCGUUCAGUUUUUUGUUUCACUUCUUUUGGCUGUUUUCUUCAUGGCAGCAGUUUAUAUAGCCCGUGAAUAUGUAACCUUUAGCAUGAUUCCGGUAACAGUAGAUGUUACAUUUUCUUCUGGCUCUUCGCAGCCGGAGUGCAAUAUGUUUUCUGGGAAAUGGGUGUAUGAUGACAAGUCAUACCCUCUUUACAAAGAGAAAGAAUGCAAAUUUAUGUCGGAUCAAUUGGCCUGCAACAAGUUUGGAAGACAGGAUUUGAGCUAUCAAUAUUGGAGGUGGCAACCUCACCAUUGUGACAUCCCAAGGUUCAAUGCAACAAGAUUGUUGGAGGAGCUAAGAAACAAGAGGAUGGUGUUUGUAGGGGAUUCUUUAAAUAGAGGUCAAUGGGUUUCAAUGGUUUGUCUAUUAGAUUCAUCCAUUCAUGAUCCAAACAUGAAACUCAUGAACAACACUGGUUCCAACUUAAUAAUCUAUAAAGCUCUUGGUUACAACGCGUCAAUCGAGUUCUAUUGGGAACCUUUGUUGGUCGAGUCUAACUCAGACGACCCAGUGAACCAUAAGUUACCUGAAAGGAUCGUUCGGACGCAGUCCAUUGAAAAGCAUGCCAAGGUUUGGACAGAUGCAGACAUACUAGUCUUCAAUUCCUAUCUUUGGUGGAAACAACCUCAUAUCAAAGUCUUGUGGGGUUCGUUUAAAGAUGAAAACGGAAUAUAUAAAGAAGUGGAGAAUCUACGUAGCUAUGAAAUGGCCUUUAAAACAUGGUCGGACUGGCUAGAGAUACAUGUUGAUAGAGCAAAGACUCGAUUAUUUUUCAUCAGCAUGUCACCUGUUCAUGAAAAGGCUGAAGAGUGGGGUGGAUCUAGUGAUCAAAAUUGUUAUAGUGAGACUGAUUUGAUUACGAAGGAGGGGUAUACCGGCAACAAAACAGAUCCAAACAUGAUGAGAAUAGUAGAAAACACCGUUGAUGAAUUGAAAACAAGAGGUUUGAAAGUUGAAAUCAUCAACAUAACUCAACUUUCAGAAUACAGGAAAGAAGGUCAUCCAUCGAUUUAUAGGAAACAAUGGGGUGCAUUGAGUGAAGAACAAUUAUCAAACCCAAAUAGUUAUUCAGAUUGUAUACAUUGGUGUCUUCCUGGUGUGCCUGAUGUAUGGAAUGAGCUUCUAUAUGCUUAUAUUUUUCAACAAUGAAGAUACCAUAUAUUGUUUAGUUAAUUAGAUGUCAAUGCACCAUGUACAUAUUCUCUUUUUUUUUUCAUUUUUAUUCCUAAAACAAUAACAUACUAUGGUUCAGUCUUU